AACAGCACAGGCUGGAGCUCGGAGUGGGCCUACUUUAGAUGUGUGUGGAGCCUGAAGGUCGGAGUGCUGCGCGCGUGAGUGUGUCUAUGUAUGUAUGUGUGUGUGUGUGUGUGUGUGUGUGUGUGUGUGUGUGUGUGUGUGUCUGUGUGUGUGUGUGUCAGAUAGACCGUAGGCUACUGAAGCGGCAUCAGAUUGAGCAAGGCAUUUCUCUUUACCCCGGCAAACCUUCAGGGGGCUUUUAGCAUUUGUUCAGUCUGCAGUCUCUGGAAAACAUCUGAUUCAUUUUUUAACCAGUCCCAGAUGCGGCAGUGUGAGAGUGUGUUUGCAUGAGCGCGUCAGUGUGAGUUUGUCAGUGCAUGAGAAUUUGGGGAGAAUAUCUGCUGUCUAUAGAAAAGGGGAGGGAAAGAAGAACCGUGUGGAUUUUUUUAAUAUAACUUUUUAGGUAUGAACGCAGCGUGCGUCUCAUACUGCGAUAUGACAUCGAUGGAUUCAUAUUAUAGCACGUCUACUGCGCAAGGUAGGGAUCACCAGGCGAACCCGUUCAGGACUUUCCCAACCACUGAAACCAAAUACAGCCCCACGUUCAUUCCGGGUAAAGGGCAGACUUACGGAGAGAAGUCCCGGAGUCCUUUCCAGCCGGAGUGCCAGUCAUUGGAUGGCGCUGAGGAGGGCACCUUCAGCAAAUACCAGCUCUUCAUGCAGCGACCGACCUGCAAAACUCCGCCCGAAGGCAGCAAGCUGCACCCGGACAGCGGACUCAACGGAGCGCUCAUUCCCUGCUAUGGAAAAGACAACAGUGGCCUGACAGAGUCUGAGUUGCCCCAGAGCGUCGACCCUGCUGGGAUGGAAGGCAGCUACCUGAACCUAAAGGGGCCCGGCGAGAAGGGGCCGAGCGAGCGGCCGGGCUCGGACCUUUCCAGCCCUCUGGACAAAAGUGAGGCUGAGAGCAACAAAGGCAAGAAGAGACGCAAUCGCACCACGUUCACCAGCUACCAGCUGGAGGAGCUGGAGAAGGUUUUCCAGAAGACACACUACCCAGAUGUUUAUGCCCGAGAGCAGCUGGCACUGAGAACAGACCUGACGGAGGCUCGUGUACAGGUGUGGUUCCAGAAUCGCAGAGCCAAGUGGAGGAAGAGGGAGCGUUUUGGCCAGAUGCAACAGGUCCGGACACACUUCUCUACUGCUUACGAGCUGCCUCUACUGACUCGGCCCGAGAACUAUGCACAGAUCCAGAACCCUUCGUGGAUUGGGAGCAGCAGUGGAGCAUCUCCAGUGCCGGGUUGCGUUGUGCCUUGUGACUCCGUUCCCUCCUGCAUGCCGCCUCACCCUCACGGUCCCGGAGGUGUUACUGACUUCCUGGGCGUGCCCAGUCCAGGGAGCAGCCACAUGGGACAGACACAUAUGGGCAGCCUUUUUGGGGGUCCCGGGAUGGGCGGAGGAAUCAAUGGCUAUGAUCUCAAUGUUGAUCCAGACCGCAAGUCCUCCAGCAUAGCUGCACUGCGUAUGAAGGCCAAGGAACACAGUGCAGCCAUCUCUUGGGCUACAUGAUGUCCCAGCCCAGUUCCACCCUGCCCCCAAAUGGCCCUCUUCUCUGGAACAGCCAUCAGCGAGCGCUGUGGGGGAGGAGGGAGUUUUUCUGAGAGCACUAAUGAUAACACAGGUCAAAUGAACAGGGAGAGACUGUGGAGAUAACACAGGCCAUUACAGCGGCAAACGCAACCAAGAUAACAACAAUGACUGUGACAAUCAGCAGAUGCUGAAAGUGAGAGAAAUACAGAGGUGUGACUUACAAGAUGUUACUUAGAAUUUGUUUAUUCUUGAUUCCUUGAUCUCUCAGGUUGAAAUAUGGGGUUUAGUAUCAUUCAUGAUUCAGUAAAAUAAGCAAUAUAAUAAAUAUAGUUUACAAAAUACUUUCAUAGAAUACAGGAAUUCAGUGCCAAAUCCAGCCAUAUCAUAGUGUUUUAAUUUACAGAAUUAAGCUUGAUUCACAUUAUUUACAUUCUUUAGCUUAUUUUUUAUACCACCCAUCCUGCCCCACUCAUUUUUUUGUGUUACUUUAGACUUGUUUCUCACAUUGUAUAAAUGAGUUCAAGUAAAUAUCAGAACAUUCAGUAUUUGCAGUUUAAAAAAACAAGGCCACUCGAGAGUGAGCUCAGAUGCAUACUAAGUGCUGAGAGCUUAUUUUCUGUCACUUGCCAUUGCAAACUUUCCUUUAAAGCAAACAAUAAUUGGUUAUGAGAGAAAACAUUAAUUUUGUCCUAGCAUGUGGUUGGUAGUUUAUGUCCCUGCAAAGAAGGACAGAGGUUGAAUGCAGUAAGUGAACAGAGUCUAAUUGAGCGAGAGCAGACAUGGCCUGUGCCAAUUUAGUCUGGGAGGAGGGCAGGCAUUGGAUUGGCAGCAAUUUCAAACCAACGUGUCAUUUCCUCCCCCAGUGCUGCCUCCACAGGUUCCCCUGCUAGGCUCAGGCCUCAGGUUACAGGAAACACUGUCUCCACUGGCAGACAAGGCGCAGCAACGCACAGCAGCAGCCUUCAACACCAACUAGCCACGCCAGCUUCAAUCAGUAACCAACAGGAAUAGACACACUUAAUUAGCAUCUGUGAGCCGCCCCGCCCUGCGAACACCAUAGUACAUUACAGUGGACAUGAUGAGAACAUACUGCACACACAGUUCCACGCACUGUGAUACAGAAUUCAUCGUUAGACGUGGGCUCAGCUUUGAUGACUCUUGGAUUUGUAGCUUGGUCACAGAAUCAGUCACAUGCCGACUGAGGCUGCAGGGAAAAUCAGUGGCCCCAAUCGUCCUGAGGAGCAUUCUGUAAUGUUUAGGUAAUGUGAUGACAUUAGAGCUGGACUGCAGGAAUGUGGAGAGUAUGUCCAGUGAUUGCAGGGGUGUCUCUGUGUGUUACCCCGCUGGAAUAAGCUUGUCACCAGAGCUGGGCUGCAUGCUGAGGCUAGAGACAGGCUUCAUUAGUCUUUUGGCUGAUCUCUCUAUGACGCCCGCUGGGCUACAUAUCCGUUUUCUUUCCCCUGUGAGGAUGAUGGCAAGAGAGUCUGUUUCUGCUCCUCAUAGCUGGUUGAUCAUUGUAACAUAUGAGUGCCCAUUACAGCCCUCCUGCUUGAGAGUAGUACUUCAACUAACAACUAUUUUCAGUGUUGAUUAAUCUGCAGAUAAUUUUCUCAAUAGGACGAAUAAUCACUUGGUUUAUAAAAUCACAAUCUCCCCCAAAAUAUUCAGUUUACUAUCAUAUAAGAUAAAUAAAAGCAGCAAAGUAAAAGGCUGGAACCAGAGAAUAUUUGGUAUUUUUGCCUGAAAAAUACCUUAAAAUGAUUAAAUCAUUAUGAAUAUAGUUGUUCCAUCCAUUGUUGCAGUUCUACUUGAGAGUUCAGUAUCUUGAACAAAUUCUCUUUUCAUUGUAGAAAGAAUUACAAAGCUUUCCUAAUGUUUCAUUUUAAGGAAAAAACAUCAACAGCGAGUAAAUUAGGUGAUAACACGAUGAUUACUUUGACACAAGCGUUCAUGCUGUUUAUAUAUUCUACACAAAGGGUUUAUUGGCAGUACUCAAACGAGUGGCAUCGAAUGAAAAGACAAAGGCCUCUAAAAUUGAGUCAUGGCUCCAUUCAAUAAAGGAGAACCAUUUUGAAUGAAUAUAGACUUUUUUGGAUGUGAGAACUAAAAAUCAAAAACAUUAUCGUCAAAAUUUCAAGAUAAAAACAGGAUGUUGUCAAAAUAAAUAUAUGCAUGACGACAUGUGUGACUGAAUUCCUACUUUGUUGAGUUGACUGUGUGUUUGUUUUAUCGCUGGUCCUCCCUCAGUUCGCCACUCCUCUGCAGCUCCGUCCAUGUUGAUACUACUGAAAUAAAGCAAUUGAAAUCCAUAGUUAUAAUGUCGUAUUGUGUGAAUGUGAACAAUAUAAAUGAUAUUGUUCUUUUGCUUGUACAUUUGUUUUGCUUAUUUGUCAAAUAAUGGAUCUCCAGAGAUAAACCAAUGAAGUAUUACAGUAAUAUUGCCAAGAAAUGUAAAAUUAUGUUCUGUGUGUUAUUCUGAAGAGUUGCUCUGGACUUUUACAGAGGCUGAAAUUGCUUUCUAAUUUUCUUAUGGCUUUAAGCAGCUUUUUGUAUAUUAAUCAAGUAUUUCUACUUCUGAUUGUGACUUUAUAUAAUGUGCCAUUGCAAUAAGUUAUUGCACUUACAGUGUUGGAGAAUUUGUUUUUUUUUGUUUUUUUUUACUUCCACUGGGACCGUGGUCUCUUUACUAAAGCCAGAGGUGUGUGGUUUUGAGUCCUAACAGUCCAGAACUGUCUCCUAAGCCCGUCCACAUUUAGCACCAUGAACAGCAUCACUGAUCUGUUUAAGGUGCUGGACAUUUGUUUGUACAGAAAUAACAUGCUGUUUCUGUUGAUGAUGGUUUUGAAGUGAUUUUGAAAUAAAUGAAUCUCCAAUGGCUGAACAAGUUCA